CCGCCCUCUUAAACAUUCCUGCCUCGCAUUUGUAACGGAAGCGUUCUGCUGAAAUAAGAAAUAUUCCUCAUACAUUUCAUAAAGACCGACCAGAAGAAGAUACAACGUGUUCCUACUACAGAUAACCAGCAGUAGAAAUGCCUCGCAUUGAGAAUGACAUCAAGUUGGACUUCAAAGACGUGCUUCUCCGUCCAAAACGAAGCACACUCAAGUCCCGUAGUGAGGUGGACCUGAUGAGAAGUUACACCUUCAGGAACUCCAAGGGAAGCUACAGAGGAAUCCCCAUAGUUGCAGCCAACAUGGACACCGUCGGCACCUUCGACAUGGCCCUGGUAUUGUCCAAGUUCACUCUCUUCACUGCCAUUCACAAGCACUAUUCAGUAGAUGACUGGAAGGAGUUUGCAACAAAGAAUCCAGAAUGUGUACAGAGUGUGGCAGUCAGCACAGGAACAAGUGAAGGGGACUUUGACAGACUGGGUGAGAUCCUAGCCGCUGUGCCUCAGCUGCAGUACAUCUGUGUGGAUGUAGCCAAUGGCUACUCAGAGCACUUUGUCCACUUUGUCAAAGACGUGCGUCAGAAGUACCCGACACACACCAUCAUGGCAGGGAAUGUGGUUACCGGGGAGAUGGUGGAGGAGCUGAUCCUCGCCGGUGCUGACAUCAUCAAAGUGGGCAUCGGACCAGGCUCUGUGUGCACCACCCGUAAGAAGACCGGGGUGGGCUAUCCCCAGCUGAGCGCUGUGAUCGAGUGUGCAGACGCUGCCCACGGCCUGGGCGGACACAUCAUCUCUGAUGGCGGAUGCACUUGCCCAGGUGACGUCUCCAAGGCUUUUGGCGCGGGGGCAGACUUUGUGAUGCUGGGCGGAAUGCUGGCCGGCCACUCAGAGAGCGGGGGCGAGGUCAUCGAGAAGAACGGGAAGAAGUACAAGCUGUUCUACGGCAUGAGCUCCGACACGGCCAUGAAGAGACACGCCGGGGGCGUGGCCGAGUACAGGGCAUCUGAGGGGAAGACAGUGGAGGUGGUCUACAAGGGUCCCGUGGACGUAACCAUACGCGACGUCCUGGGUGGGGUCCGCUCCACCUGCACCUACGUGGGCGCAGGGAAGCUCAAGGAGCUCAGCCGCAGGACCACCUUCAUCAGGGUUACCCAGCAGCUCAACACCGUCUUUGGGAACGAUAACUAGGCGAGGUCCAGGCUGGUUCCUGGGCCUAACAGGGUCGGGGAGAGGUGGUGGUGUGUUUUGAAUGCUGCCUGCCCCUGUCACAUGGAUGCUAUUACACAUACUGCACACACGCACACACACACACGCACACACACACACGCACACACACACACGCACAUACAGAAAAUAUUGUAACCAUUGAUAGUAAGAAUCUGUUAUUUGGAGAAACGUAAACCUAGGAUAAGUGUUUGGUUGGCCAAAUCAAAACCUUUUUAGAGUAUAUUAUCAAACAAUCCCUUAUCUAAGAGUCUUAUUUACGUUUUGAUAUUUUUGAAAUUUUUGACUUUCUUUCUGUAAAUGACCAGAAAUUGACAUUUCUUUGUUAAUAAGUGAACCGAGGAUUGUUGUGGUACGUCAGGAUGUACUUUUGUGUUAUCUUGCUCAAUCAUUCCCAUUCAGCUCUGCAGGCCUUGAGUACACGGUUCUUCUCUCUGUCCAUUAUUAUCCACCAAGUCCUAGCAUUUCACUGAAGCACUCUCUCUCACUCUCUCUCUCUUUCUCUCUCUACCUCUCAAUCCCAUCUUUUCCUAACACUUCUAUGCACAUCACCGCCAUGCUAUUUGAAAGCCAUAUGCAAUAAAUAAAUAUACUGUAUUUCACUGUAUGAAGUAUUUACUAUAUCAAGAUUACAGGUCAAGUUUAUCCCAAAUUAAAAGCAUCCGUUUUUAUUUUUUAGAUAGAUUCAAUAGAUGAAAACAUUCAUUAUAAUGAGAAAUAUUGCAGAUUUUUAUGUUAAGAUAUUUCUGGUUAUUUAACUUAAUCCUUUUCAAACUCACAUAAAUAAAUAUAUAUAUAUAUUGCACUUUAAUGAUUUGCAAACGUUUUAGAUUAUAUAAUAUUCCAAGUUUUUCUGUUAUUCUCAUGCGAACCAAAUAUUAAAGCUAGGAUGGAAUAGAUACAGAGUGAAACUACUGACAAACAGCUGUUUCAUGUACUGUACAGCUACAGUAGAAACUCAGUCAGUCAAAUUGUUGAGGGGAAACUUAAAGUAGGCUAAAGAGGUGAGGGAGACAGGACAGCUUUGAGUGUUACCUUGACUUAUUGUUGAUUUCACACUUUUCUCAAUGGCUUAGAGACUAUAUAAAAUGUCCAUGCAAUCAGAAUUUCACAUUAUUGUACUUGACUGUGUAUUCAGUUACUUUGCGAGAAUGUUGUCUCUGUUUAUGCAUUAUUAUGUACUUGUAACUGACUAGUUUUCACUAUGACGGUAUAUUUACUUUACUUCACAGUGUUUUGGAGGUUAAUUCCAUUUUAUAUCUAUCUGGCUUUAGUCAAACGUGUUAUGCAGUUUUAAUCCACUUUUUUUUUUCAGUCUUGUCACUUCUGACCAAUAAAGAGCAUUCCAUAUGA